CGAAUAAUUUAAAUCCAGAAUCCAUUUUAAUACAGAAACUGUGAGAAUCUAACAGCGCAGUACCUAUUUCCAAGCUCCCACAUGAGGCCUAGUAUGUGGCAUUUGAAGGCAACAUCACCAUCGAUCGUUGCGCUUCCCCUCGAGCAUCCCCACACGACACAGAGCUCACAGGCGACAGCAGGACUGUAUGUGUGACAGACACCAUGACCAUCAGAAACGCUAUCCGGGAUCAUGGACAGAGGUACCGGCCACGGAUGGCUUGUCUCCAAAAGGCAGAGAAGGUGCUGCUGGAGAUGCAGGACCCCAGAACAGGAGUCAAAUCGCAGCCUCAGAGAUUGGUUAUCACCACAAUCCCACACGCUAUCACCGAUUUUGCGUUCUUUCUCCUCAGGUGAAGACAUAAUUGCGUGGCUUGCUGACAGAUUCCAAAUAGACACUCAAGAGGCGAGGAGUUUUGGCUCGAUGCUGGUGGCGCUGGGAUAUAUCUACCCACUACAAGACCACAAACGCUUACUGAUCAAACCUGAUGCGUCCCUGUAUCGCUUCCAGACUCCAUAUUUCUGGCCCACACAGCAGUGGCCUGUCGAGGACACAGAUUAUGCGAUCUACUUGGCAAAAAGAAACAUACGUAAGAAAGGAAUCCUGGAGCUGCAUGAGCAGGAGCAGUACAACCGUCUCCACAAGUGGAUGAAUCAUAAAUGGGAUUUCAUCGUGAUGCAGGCUAAAGAACAGUACAGAGCCGCAAAGGAGAGGAAGAAGCCGGACCGUGUGGUGUUUGAGUGCCAGGAGAGAGCCUACUGGGUGGUUCACAGACCUCCGCCGGGGACAGUGAGCGCCAUGGACUACGGUCUGGAGAGACGGAUAGAUCCCAACGCAGACGAGACCAAAACUCCUGACUUCUAUGAGAGAAUUAUGAUCUUCACGCAGCAGUCCAUCAUGAGGCCAAGAGUGAAGUCAUCUGUGUCUAUUGGAGCACUGGUGAAAUACUGCACCACCUACAACAGCCACGACCCUUUCCUCUCCAAGUGUCUUCCCAGCAACCCCUGGCUGACCGACGAUGUCACGUUCUGGACCCUGAACCGACUCAAUGUGGAAGUACCAUCUAAGAUGCGAGUGGAGAGGUGGACGUUCAGCUUCGGAGAGUUGCUCUCAGACCCUCGAGGACGAGAUGAUUUCAGACUUUUCCUGAAGAAAGAAUUCAGCAGUGAGAACUUGGCAUUCUGGGAGAGUUGUGAGGAUCUAAAGUGGGGGACUGCUGCGACGAUGAGAGAGAAAGCCGAGCAGAUCUACAAGACUUUUCUGGCUCGUGGAGCUCCGCGGUGGAUCAACAUCGAUGGGAAGACGAUGGAGAUCACAGUGAACGGCCUGAGACAUCCUCACAGAUAUGUCCUGGAUGCAGCCCAGACCCACAUCUACAUGCUCAUGAAGAAGGACAAGUACGGCCGCUACAUAAAGUCUCCGGUGUUUAAGGACACCAUGAAAAAGGCCAUCUGUCCCGAGGAGCACAAGUUCUCUGAUGCCCAGUUGGAGCAGAACGCCAAGAACAGACGUCCCAGCCUGAGUCCCAUCAUCCUCCGGCAACAGGAGCUGGAGCAGAGAGCCAAGAUGGCGGCCAACGCCCCGGUGGACAUCACUCAGCUGUGCCGUUUCACCACCCCGGUUCCUCACCUGGCCGUCUACUCCGGCAUCACCGACUCCCCCUCUCUGGCCUUCCCGGCCCCCAGCCCGGCCUGCCCGUCCCCCAUCAGCGUGGCCUUGGACAGCACCUCGGCCUGCGAGCGCCGACUGGAAGCCGACGAGAGGAAACCCGAGGCCCUAGGCCCCGUCAGAGGACCCGUGUCCAAGUCCCGCAUGGCUCUGUCCCUGCGCCGCCUGCUGAAGCGAGGCUGCACUCCAGCCACCAUGUUCGCCAGUUUGUCCCCAAAAUGUCACUCAGCCGCCGGGACGAGUAGCCGGAUCCAGCCGAUCAGCCCCGAUGAACCCAGCCAGGCUCCACCCAGAAGGAUCGGCAAUUUUUUCCAGAUUAAAGUGGAUAUUCCCCCUGAGUGCCGCAUCUACCCCAUAGAGUCUGAAGACGAGGACGAGGCGAACAGAUCUGCCUCUCGGGGAGGAGUAGGAACUAAAGAGAUCAUCUGUCCCUGGGAGAGCCUCACUCCUCACAACGGGACGGGAUAGAAGUGUGGAUUCACAGGUAGAAAACCACCAGGCCACAAUGUAGAACACCAACAACCCAAGGACAGAAUCAAAGCUCUCAGUCUGGGUCCUCUAGACGAGGUUCAUCUCUCCUAAAGAGAAAGUCUCUGAGACUCAAACACCUGACUGACUGUUGGCUUGAAAGGUCCUACAGUCACAUCUGCUGCAGAUCAUCCUCAAGACUUUCAAAACAUUUUCUCCAAAAUUUGGCUCAAUUCGCAGUGUUCCUCCACAGCUGUUUACAGCUGUUCUACUCCUACAUGGAUCAUUAAUCCAGGAUUUUACAAAAUGCUGGAGUCACGACUCCUCCUCUCAAAAGAAUGCAAGCAUCUUAUCUAUUCAUCUCACUGUUUCAUGACAUUUUCUUUCAAUUUUGCCUUCCGAUGGUCAUUUAAAGCAUUUCAAAGCUUUUCUCACAGUCAAGAAAACCCACCAUGAGUAAUCUGAAUCUAAUUUAAUAAUGUAAAGUCCUCCUCAGGUCAUACAAAAACACCCAGAUUCCCAGAAAAACACAGAACACAACAGGGGCCUCAUUUAUAAAGCUUGCUUACGCACAAAACAGGGCUAGAAAGUGGCGUACGCCACUUUCUACGCAAAGGUUGUGAUUUAUAAAAACAAACUUGUCGUGAGAAUGUGCGCACCGGUGCACCAACUUUGAUGCUUGCUUAAGCACAUUUUGGAGACAGAGGGAACGGCAGUGCUGGAGGAUGAAGUGGUGAAUUGAAACCAGAUUGAUCUCAAACCUUUAUUGUCAUCACAUAUUAGACUUGUAGAGCCGGAUAAUCAUAAACCCUCAUUGUUGUAGAUGUUCAUAGUGCGUCAUUCGGCCUACGACUGUAUUUGCAGAACUAUGUUCAUAUAUCAGCAGGGGCGGAUUGAACGUUAUUUCAUUUGGUCGUUUGACAGAAGGGCCGGUAUCUGGGGCCGGUGCGGUGAUCUUUAUUAAAUAACUUUGUUUACUGAUCACCCGGCGCCCAUAUGGCUCAUCGGGGAAAGCAGAAGACCCAUUUGUAGGGGUGGUCUCUGACGUAGUGGCACGGGUUCGGUUCCUGCCUGCGGCACUUUUAUGCAUGUCUUCCCCCUACUCUUCUCCCCAUUUCCUGUCACUCUUCACUGAAACUAUCACAGUAAAAAGGCAAAAAAGUAAAGAAUUUUGUUUAUUUAUCCAUAUGCGGCCGAAUGGGAUGAGCGUCCAACCAUUAAUCAGUCCUGUACAGGCACACAUGCUUCACACCACAACCCCGAGUGAAAAUGAAUUUGUCUCUGUGAACCGAAAAAAUGUACAUUCAAUCAGUUUACAAAUUAUUUGUACAUCGGACAUGAUCAUAGCAAAUUUAGUGGCAGGGUGUCCUGGGUCAACACAUGAUUCAUUCAUCCUGACACACAGCAGUGAAAAGACUGCAGGGGGCGCUGUGUAAAUGCCGUGGGUCAGCAGCUUAUUUAUAUACAGAUACAUUCAUGAGUUACUUUGCAUUGACCAUUCAUGGUAAAAUGUGGGUGUGUUGUGGGCGGAAUGUGAGGUGGAUCCACCUGUGCAAUCUUCCAGCUGGUGUGUGAUUUAUCAAGAAAUUGCAUGCAGCUGUGCUUACGCAAAGUUUUAUAAAUCAGGGGCGAAGGCCGUACGCCCUUUUCGUAUUUUCGGCGUACACAAACUUUAGUAUGGAUCCUACGCAAUGUUUUAUAAAUGAGGCCCCAGAUCCUUAAAGCCAACAGGCAGAGAAUGUUUGAUGCCCAAAGCUGAGAUAAUUGGUGGAAUAUUCCUCCAACUGCAGCCUUAUCUUCAUAAAUCCAAUGAGCUCCAGCUGAGCCAGCGUUGGGUUGACAGAGGACGCCCCACCAGAGGACAGCAGGGUGUACCAGAGUUAGAGUGCUUGGAGGACUUGAGCUGUAGCUUUUUCACAUUCAAACCUCAUCGUGAACCUGCUGAUGACCUGAUCCGCCUCCACACAGAGUCCACUGGUGUUCAUUUGGUUUCUUCAAAGCAGCAACAGACUUUUUUAAGGUCACAAGACAACAAAAAACUGGAAAGAGUGAUUGUCAAGGUGCACAUUGAAGACCAUGAAGUACAUCAAUGUUUCCAUUCCAAAGCCGGGAGGACAGAGACUGUAUUUAUACAUUCACUGAAGUAGGAAAGUGUUCUUGGGCAGCAAAAUAGAUUUAGAUGCCUCCUCCCCAUUUCACUGACCUCUUCCACUCUGUGAAACGACUGAAUCGAUGAAAACAUGCCAACAUCUGCUCUACUGCUAGCCUAGCCGCGCUAGACCCAGCUCUUAAGACACAAGGGUCUAGGGAAGCUCGACAGGGAGGGAGGCGGCCUAAAAGGUCGUCUUUCAAAUCCCUCUGCAGCAAUUGGGUAGGUAUACAACCAAUCAGCGCAAUGAAUAGGCUGACGGAGUUCCUAGAGCGCUGGCGGAUUGUGGCUAAGUCCCAUUAGCUUCCCAACCAGCGGAGCCAACUGGUAUAUUAAGGAUUUGCCAUAUCCCGUCGGCAUAAGUCCAAAUACGUCUUUCUUCUCAAUGAAACACUUCAGUGCCGUCCUUUGUUUAUCUUUCAAGUUGAAUUUUAGCUUCAAAUCUUUAAGGGCUGUGGCCAAAGCCGAGUCCAAAGAUAACUGUUUAUUGUGCGCCGGUUGUUUCUGUCAGAAUCAUCACGCCUCUGUCGUCACUUAGUUACGCCCGCCUUCUGACUCUACACUUCAUGGUGAUUGGUCCGGCCAGUUUUAGGAGAAUCCAGCCUCGAGCCUUAUGGAGGGUAACUAGACCCACCCUGGCAGAGAAUUAAAUUCGUUGCCGUGGGUUGUCUAGCGCGGCUAGGCUACUCUACUGCUGCAGAUCCACUCCUAUCAGCCAGGAGGAGGGACUGGAUUUAAGGUGGAACUCAGUAAUAGUUUUGUAUUUGGGUCCACUGCUGUUGUGUAGCUGUUGUGUCCUUAACCCUGAGUGAGGUGUUUGGUCUUCUUAUGGGGAACAACAUGAACUACCUGUCAGAAUGUAUUAUCUUUACCAUGUUUACAGACGCAAGAAUGUGAAAAAUGACCUUAAAUUUGUUGUAUUUGGUUUGUACAUUCCAUGGCUUGUGUCAAGUGCCUCAAUAAAUGAUUGUCUUUACAAAAAAG